UCAUAACUAAGCGAUUAGCACACCGAGGUAGAUAACGAAGGCUAUUUACGUCAUACACACAUAUCGUAUUGCAAGAGCGUUUUCGGGGACUCACCUUUCGACGCAGUGGUGCUGAUAAUGCCUAUGUUAACAUUGCGAGGAAGAUAUAGGAUGGUGGGUAAUUCAUGGGCCGUUAUUACUCAAGCCAUAAGCACGAGGGAAUAUGUCUACAGCCUUGGACGGUUUACCUUCAACAUGACCCCAUAUUGGGUUCACCAGUACGAGUGUUGUGUUUGGGGAAUGUGGGGCAAGACGCUCAAUUCCUGCAGCUCCAACGCAUAAAAGGCGUGCUACGUGCGUUGGGAGGAGGAAGCUUCUUAUCCUUCGAUUUGGAGUGAUAUUGUGGGAUACAGACAUCUUUUAAUCUGAGGUGAUGACUUAAAUUAGGUUGUGAUGGCAAACCACGCCACCGACCCUCCGCCCGACAGAUGGCGCUGGGUGAUAGUCGUGUCGGCCUUCUUCUCCUUGUUCCUCAGCGGCAGCAUGGGGUAUAUCACCGGUGUCAUGCAUGUGUCCUUAGAAGAAACGGGACUUUACGGACUUCAGGAGCUCGCAUGGCUGGGGUCGCUGUUUAACUGCAUGUUUGCACUCACAGGACCGGCCGCAAGCCUCGUUAUCGGCUUAUUCAGCUGCCGUGCGUGUGUGGUGCUGUCCGGUGUCACGUGCCUGAUCGGGUUCUCACUCAGCAGCUUCGUCACCGACAUACGACUACUGUUUGUAACCUACGGCUUCUUAGCAGGUUUUGGUCGCGGUCUGACAUACACUGGUUCGCUGGUGAUUCUAGGAUACUAUUUCCCUAGAGACAGUAGCCUGGUGACCGGACUAUGCACCGCUGGUGUCGGUCUCGGGAUGUUUGUCCACCCAAGAAUGACUCAAGCCCUUUUAGACCACUAUGGUCUGGAGGGAGCCUUCAGAUUGAUAGGGGCCAUAUCAUUCCAGACCUGUGUCUUUGGCUUUCUCAUGAGACCAUCAAAACAUGAGCGCGAGAUGCAGUGUAUUCAGAAAGAGAGGAGGGUCAAUGGACACUCAGAAACUCAAACACGUUUGGGGAACUUUUGGAAUACCUUCAUCACUGUGGGGAUAAAAAAUAUUUCCUUUACCUUCAUUGUCCUUGGUGUGACAUUGUUUUCAAUCGGAUUUUCAGCGGUGAUCGUCCUUCUACCUGAUUUCUUUCACAGGAAUGGCGCCACUAAACAAGAGGCAGCAAUGGCAGCCUCGCUCACAGGUCUGGGGGGGUUCUUCUCGCGCGUGCUAGUUGGGAUUGGUGCCAAUGAUGACAAUAUUGGCAAGAUGUUAUUUUUCUCAGGCACCAAUGGAAUUGUUGGAACAUUGACGUUCUUUAUGUCGAUAUUUGUCAAAUCUUCGACAGGUCGAUACAUAUACGCCUUUCUGUUCGGUACUUACGUUGGGGGCGUAUUCACCCUCCUGAGUCCGAUGACUCUGGACAGUGUUGGGGUAGAGAACUUCGCGUUCGGCGUGGGGCUCCUUAUGUUUUUCGCCGGAGCUGGAUGUCUAGUGGGUCCACCCACUGCAGUUGUCAUAUGGAAAGCCAAUGGGGACUAUUUCACAUCAUUCCUGUUCGCAGGUAUAGUGUUCUUGGGAGCAGCUUUCUGUGGGUUCCUGUCCGAGCUGUUCAAGGCGGCAUCUCCUCGCGUGGAAAGUGUUGCCGAGAAAUCUCUGUUGACCAUAACCAUUGAACCGCAAGAGGAGCAUGCCAGUGAACGGUUGAGUGGAUGAAUGAUCGCUGUCCUGGAUAGGAGUGUUGUUGUUGUUGUUUUGUUGUUUAACUACGCACUCGGCAAUAUUCCAGCUUUAUGACGGCGAAUAUGAUAGGGAUAUUAUGAACGAAAGUGCAAAAAUGUUUGGGUAAAGAAUGUCUCAAUGGAAGAACACUGAGGGAUUCAUGGGCAUGAAUGUGUGAUGUUAUGUACAGAACUGUGUAAUAUCAUCUUCAGUUGCUUGUAUUCUGGAUAGGAGAUCCAUGACAGUGAUGAAUGAACGGGUAAGUGUUACUCAAUAACCCACCAACCCCCCAUCCACACCAAUCGAAAUAGAGAAAACUAAAAAUGCCAAAAUUUCCGUAAAUAACGACAGGCACAACUUUAGGAUCUGUUUGAUAUAUUUGCCAAUUGUUGUUGAAGAAUAUUGAAAGGUUUUCGAGUUGUGAUCCGGAAAAAAACGUGAUUACAGACGGACGGACAGACAGACGAGGCGACGACUAUAUUCCCCCGCAUUAUAUGCCGGUGGGAUAUAGUCAACUUGCACAUGACGUUAUCAAAUUUUCAUGUUUGCUACCACAAUUCACACGUGCACACGUCAGCUGGAACAUUGGCGUGUACGACAUGAGGGAAAAAGCAAGACACACGUGUACUUAAUCUCCAUUAUUUUAGGAGAAAGCAUUUACGACAUUUGGAAGGUCAAAAACAAAAAACUGCAUCUGAAUACUCUGCAUAAUGCAAGCUGGGACCCCUCAUAUCCCCGUGCAGUGAUGUGUUCUCUUGAAUGCAAGAAUCAAGCCCCCGAUUACAAAAGAUGCCUGAUGUCGUAAAGAGUUAAUGACCCUGAACCCAAAAAACUGAUUGAAAUGCCAGCUGCCUACAGCUGCUACCUUCAGUUCUCUCAGUGGGGUGAGGUGACUGUGAGACGACCACUAGGAGCAGUGAACAUCACUAGGUCAACUGCGGUUUUCCAUUUGUUCCGGAGGAAUUAGGACAAUGGGAAAGAUAAAUAUGUAAAUGAAAUACAAAUGGCUCAUGACCGAAAAUGAAGCGUCCAAUGAUUUUUUUGGGUCGUGGGAAGAGUUCCUAAACAGCAAAAGGCAGCAGUCAAUGACUAGAUAAUUGUCGGUGCAAAGUAUGAUCGAGCUAGUAUACGUGAUGGACAGGCAGACCCCACCCACCCCCAAACUUUAUGGCAGUGGAAAAUAUGAGACCGGAGUGUUUGUUUGUUUGUGAAUGCGUUUGUCUGUGGUGUGUGGCACGUUGGCUGAGCCUGCCUUUAUCCAGGGUUAAGAAUGUAUGUUAUUGUAACAGGUGACAGGGAGAGUCACUCAUACAGGUAUGUAUUUGUGCCUUUGGAAUUAAGUGUGCAAGCAGACAAGAUACAUUUGAAAGUUUCUCCCUUUCCUUUUCAUUCAGAUUGAGUUAGAAUAUUCUUUUCAACUUCUGAAGCCACAGGUUUAUUUUGUGAAUCACACUGUGCUUUAAGUGUGUUCGUCGAAGGGGUUUCAUAUACUAAAUAUCUUAAAUGUUUCUUUUUUGUUACAACAUAAUUUCCUUCUGUGUGUCCUUCUCUCCGGGAAUAUUUUUUAACGGCGCAGAUUUCAAACCAUGUUAUUGGAUCGUAAUUUAUUUCACACCCUAAUUAUAUAUAAUCAGUGUAUAUUAAUAACAUUCUGUUUGUGAUCAUUCCCCAAUCAGAGUUUAUUUCAAAUGUUAAACACAUAACUGGGGGUGUGAAGCCGAAUAGAUAAUUGUUGCUUUUAUAUUGCAUGAACUCUCUGCACUUCUGACUAUAAACUACACCAUACAAGACUUAGCACUUGUGAACAAUGCCUUUAACUGAAUAAUUGCUUAAUUGUUCUUCCUGACCAAAUCGUUUUCAUAGUCCUAAUUUGUCCAUGUUCGCAUGAGACCUCUGAAUAUCCGGGUCAGAAAAGGUCUUCAGCAACCCAUGCUUGUCAGAAGAGGCAACACACGGGGUCGAGUGGUCAGGAUCGCUGACUUGAUUGCUACAUAUCAUCGUAUCCCAAUUGCGUAGAUCGAUGCUCAUGAUAUCAAUCACUAGUCCAGACUUUUUACAUGUUGAAACACCUUCAUUAUAAUGUACAUACUAGUUAUGUUUAGAGCAAAUCACUAAUAAUCAUAAACGAACUACCAACGGAAACAUUCGCCAUGAUUGGAUAGUCUUUACUUUUGAGACGAAGGGAGAUAUGACAUUACGUUUUGUCAAUAUUUAUGGAAGGAGUUUUUUAUUCCUAAAUAUUUUUAAUAACUAUACCAUUUAUCUCUAACGUUACAUAGUAGCGAGUUUUAACUACAUGUUCUGACUUCACACAUGGAUGGUGGUUUGGUAUUGAUGUUUUAUACAAUAUAUUUCAUUAUAUUUCUUUUUUUGUACAAACAGAACACAAUAAACUGCUGAUCACAUG